GCUCCGCUACAUAUAUUUUGUUGCUCGUUUCUGCUCGUUUCUUUCCACUACAUAAUUAUUAUUGGGCAAAGUAAAGAGUAAAGAGUUGUGUUUCAUACGCAAAGUGGAAGAAUCGCAAACGGAGAAUACUAAAUUCGGAUUAAAAUUAAGAUGAAAACAAUGGCGCAUCAUUACGUCGUAACAGCACACAAGCCGACCGCUGUAACAGCCUGUGUAACCGGCAAUUUUACAUCACCCACGGACCUCAAUCUAAUAUUAGCAAAAAACACGAGGUUGGAAAUUUAUCUCGUGACACCUGAGGGCCUCAGGCCCCUUAAGGAAGUCGGCAUAUAUGGCAAGAUUGCAGUCGUCAAAUUCUUUAGACCCCCGCAUGAGAAGAAAGAUUUGCUUUUCCUCCUUACGACCCGUUACAACGCAAUGAUAUUGGAAUGCGCCGGAGACGGGGAAGAGAUUGAAAUAAUAACAAAAGCACAUGGAAAUGUAGCGGAUCGUAUCGGGAAACCUUCUGAGACAGGAAUCAAGGCCGUUAUCGAUCCAAAAGCUCGGGUAAUAGGUUUAAGAUUAUACGACGGUCUGUUCAAAAUAAUACCACUGGACAAGGAUAAUCCAGAGUUGAAAGCAUCGUCGAUAAGAAUGGACGAACAACAGGUGCAAGAUGUCAAUUUCCUUCACGGCUGUACAAACCCAACUUUGAUAAUCAUACAUCAGGAUAUAAACGGACGUCACGUGAAAACGCAUGAAAUAUCUCUGAGGGACAAAGAAUUCGUGAAGACCCUGUGGAAACAAGAUAACGUUGAACGAGAAGCAAUGAUGGUUAUACCGGUACCAUCGCCGAUCUGUGGCGCUAUUAUAAUCGGGCAAGAAAGCAUUCUGUACCACGACGGAACGACUUACAUGGCGGUCGUACCACCUAUUAUAAAACAGAGCACGAUAACUUGUUAUGCGAAAGUGGACGCGCAAGGAUUGAGAUAUCUACUCGGCGACAUGGCGGGACAUUUGUUCAUGCUAUUCCUCGAGCAGGAAAAAAAGCCCGAUGGUACGAGUAUAAUAAAAGAUCUAAAGGUGGAAUUGCUCGGCGAGGUGAGCAUUCCCGAGUGCAUUACGUAUCUCGACAACGGAGUAAUAUUUAUAGGCAGUCGUUUGGGAGAUUCCCAGUUGAUUAAAUUGAUAACGAAAGCCGACGAGAAUGGCUCAUAUUGCGUACCGAUGGAAAUAUUUACGAAUCUGGCGCCGAUCGUCGAUAUGGCCGUGGUCGAUCUCGAGCGUCAAGGACAAGGACAAAUGGUAACAUGCUCGGGAGCGUUCAAAGAAGGCUCCCUGAGGAUAAUACGCAAUGGUAUCGGCAUUCAGGAACACGCGAGUAUCGAUUUACCGGGUAUCAAAGGAAUGUGGGCGCUGAAGGUCGGUGGUAACGGUACUUACGACAAUACUUUGGUACUCUCGUUUGUCGGACAAACCCGUAUACUCACCCUGAACGGUGAGGAAGUCGAGGAAACCGAUAUCGCUGGUUUCGUGGCCGACGAGCAAACCUUUCACACGGGUAACGUUACCAACGAUCUUUUUAUACAAAUAACACCGAGUUCGGCGCGUUUGAUAUCGAACACAAGUAAAAACGUCGUUUCCGAAUGGGAGCCCGACAACAAGAGAACCAUAAGCGUGGUGGCUUGCAACGGCCGCCAGGUAUUAUGCGCCACAGGUAACGACUUAUUUUAUCUUGAAAUAGUCGAGGAUCGUAUCGUAUCGAAAGGUUACGCGACUCUUCAGCACGAAGUUGCUUGUCUCGAUAUUUCGCCCCUGGACGGCUACAGCGAGGCUCAUCUCGUCGCUGUUGGACUUUGGACCGACAUUUCCAUUCGUAUCCUUACUCUGCCUGGCCUCAAAGAAACCAAUAAGGAAUUACUCGGCGGCGAGAUUAUACCCCGAUCCAUACUAAUGACUUGCUUCGAGGGUAACACUUAUCUCCUGUGCGCCCUUGGUGACGGAAGUAUGUAUUACUUCAGUCUCCAGAAAGACAGCGGCCAAUUGUCUGACAAAAAGAAAGUUACCCUCGGCACCCAACCGACGGUAUUACGAACAUUCAGAUCACUCUCAACGACCAACGUAUUCGCGUGUUCCGACCGACCGACCGUAAUAUACUCCUCCAAUCACAAACUCGUAUUCAGCAACGUCAAUCUCAAAGAGGUGAAUCACAUGUGUUCGCUGAACGCCGAAUCCUAUCCGGACAGUCUCGCACUCGCGACCGAUAGUACCGUAACUAUAGGAACCAUCGAUGAAAUACAAAAACUACACAUACGCACUGUACCGCUCGGCGAAUCACCGAGACGCAUAACUUAUCAAGAAAGUUCACAAACCUUCGGUGUCAUCACGAUGCGAGUGGAUAUGCAGGAGAAUAGCGGUGUCAGCGUCGUCAGACAAUCGGCUUCGACCCAAGCGGCUUCGACCUCCACCAGCAGUCAUAUCGCCUCUCACAAUAAGCCAGGACACACCGCGGCCAGUGACAUUGGUCAAGAGAUCGAGGUCCACAACUUGUUGAUCAUCGAUCAGCACACCUUCGAAGUUCUCCACGCUCACACCCUCAUGCCAACCGAAUACGCUCUUUCUCUGAUAUCGACGAAACUCGGGGAAGACCCUACAUCCUAUUUCAUCGUUGGUACGGCUCUCGUCAAUCCCGACGAAUCGGAACCCAAAAUGGGCAGAAUAUUAUUGUUCCAUUGGAGCGAUGGGAAAUUGACUCAAGUCGCUGAGAAAGAAAUCAAAGGCUCGUGUUACUCCCUCGUCGAGUUCAAUGGCAAAUUACUCGCCAGUAUAAACAGUACCGUUAGACUCUUUGAAUGGACCGCCGAGAAAGAGCUCAGACUCGAGUGCAGUCACUUCAAUAAUAUUAUAGCACUCUUCCUCAAAACAAAAGGCGAUUUCGUUCUCGUAGGCGAUCUCAUGAGGUCGCUCACUCUUCUUCAGUACAAAACUAUGGAAGGUAGCUUCGAAGAAAUAGCCAGAGAUUAUAAUCCCAAUUGGAUGACCGCUAUUGAAAUUCUCGACGACGACACCUUCCUCGGAGCGGAGAAUUGCUUCAAUUUAUUCGUGUGCCAAAAAGAUAGUGCUGCAACUUCCGAGGAAGAAAGACAACAGAUGCAGGAGGUCGGUCAAUUUCACCUCGGCGACAUGGUGAACGUAUUCAGACACGGUUCUCUGGUGAUGCAACAUCUCGGUGAGUCGAGUACACCGACCCAGGGCUGUGUAUUAUUUGGUACGGUUGGCGGUGCCAUUGGUCUCGUCACUCAAAUACCCGCCGGAUUUUACGAAUUUCUUCGUCAGCUCGAGGAUCGUCUGACCACCGUUAUCAAAAGCGUUGGCAAGAUCGAGCACAACUUUUGGCGGAGUUUCAAUACCGAGCUCAAGAUCGAGCAGUGCGAGGGUUUCAUUGACGGUGAUUUGAUCGAGAGUUUUCUUGAUCUUAGUCAUGAAAAAAUGGCUGAAGUUUGCACAAAACUCACGAUCGAUGACGGAAGUGGUAUGAAGAAAGACGCAAUGGUUGACGAUUUGGUGAAAAUCGUUGAAGAUCUCACGAGGAUUCAUUGAAAGUUCAAUUUUUUUUUAAUCAAAUUGAAGGAAAAAAAAACAAUAUUUCUUGUGGCUUUGCGUUCAGUGAAAGUUUUCGCAGGCGUAUGAGACGAGUGACUUUUUGUGCUCUGCGAGCACGUGUGCCUAAGUGUGUGCGAUUGUGGGCGAGUGAAAAGGGAGGGUAAGAGAGAAGUAAAUCGUUUUAUGACAAACGUUGGGCCCCCACGGGAAAACAACAAAGCGAAAUAAAUCAGUCAUGAAUGUUUGAUUCCCGUCGAGAGCGAGGUUACAUACCUAAGUAGCUUUAUAUCUUAUUAAGUAAAUUGUGAAAUAAAAUAUUGUACACUUUAAUUUGUUCGGAGCCGAGGGAUUAUUUAGUCAAACAGGCUUCGUUUAACAAAAAUGGAAUACUCGCGGUGUGAAUACUUUUAGAGAAAUUUGUGAUCUACGAUUCAAGAAAAGAAUACUGGAAUCUUUCUUCAAUAAGGAAACUGAUGCACCUUCAUGAAUAAACGGGAUAAGAAUGAUUA